GGACGAAGGACGAGGUAGCGAGAUUUCUCGAAAAUGUAGGUCAGUGCAUAGAAAUACGCAGAGCCACGGGAAAGGAAAGAUUUUUUCCGACAAUUCAGUGAAAGCCGGUGGACAGACCGCACCAAUUAGAGCACGUAGUCUUCUUCCCUUACAGUGGUGCAUCCUGGCCGGCUAAAUUUCUUGGUGCAUUGUGGUUUUUAGCCGUGUGUACACACACACGGUUUAUUGCACUCAGCUGAGCCGGAACCGAUUUUCGUGUGUGUUGGUGCAAACCAGUCAAUCGCGAAGAAAAACAAAAACAUCUCCUGUGCGGUGCGGCAGAAGAGCCCUCUGAUAACGUGAGAAAAAGGAAAAAGGGCCAACCAAUUGGGUGUCCUCUGCCUGCAGCAAACAGCCACAAAAAAGGAUCAAAGACAGCCGAGUGAAGUGAAAAUCGUGCUGCAAAAAUCUUGGGCUGAAAUGUUUCGUGUAUUGCAGUAGGCCCAGCGCAAAGCGACCAGCUACUGAAGGCUACUGAGCCUUCCUGCCAGCAACAUCUGCAGAAGUAUUCCGAUUUUUUGGCUAAAAGAAAUUGUCCGUCGCGAAAAUGAGCUCCUUGUUUGCACGCGUGUUCCGCCAGGCACGCAUUACCUUCGAGCAGACGGCGAUCGGCGAUGCCAAGUUUGCGGGCCAUCUGAACACCCUGCGGCACCUGCUCGGUCAGUUGACGCUCGCCGAUCUCAACCUGGAUUCGUCGCUCGUAGCAACGGAGACAUUUCAACAGCCGACCAAAGCACCCUGCACCUUCGUGGAUGUGUAUGAGAAUGACCGGUUCGCCAUUUCGGUAUUUGUCUUGCGCGAGAAUUACACCAUGCCGCUGCACGACCAUCCUCGUAUGCACGGAUUGCUGCGUGUGAUUUCCGGUGCGGUACAGAUCCGGAGCUACACAGAGCUAGCGCGCCGCGAUUCCGUCACAACCACCAGUUCGAUGGCAGCGGCCGAUGGGGUCCUCGGCAGUGGCGGUUCUGCUUUCCGACAAAGGCACGUUCUGGUUGCCGCAGAACCGGAAAAAAUCAUCAGCUCGUCGAUUGGGGCGGAUUCCUGUGCUCUGCUAACGCCUGACGAGCGCAACUACCACGAGAUCACCGCUAUCGGUGGACCGGCCGCCUUCUUCGAUAUACUUAGCCCUCCCUACAACACAAACCAGCCGCAGCACAUCUCCUUCUACCGCAAGGUACCCGUACCACGGCAUCUGGCGGAGCUAGAGCUUGGCAGCCCGGGUGAAGAGAAACCGCUCGCUCCGCAACCCGAUGAUGAUCGGCCACGGUACGUGCUGCAGUCGAUUCCGAACCCGGAGAACUACUACUGUGAUACGGUGCAGUACGAGCCACCCGAUUUCCUCUACACCGAUGACGAUGCAGAUCGUACCAGCGAAGGCCAGCGAAAGUAGACGUCGAAGACGAUCGAAGAAGGCCAUAUCAUGGAACGAAAGGAGAUGGAUUUCUUUGCCGAUUGUCGCUUCAUUCGCUAGCUUACUUCAAUGCUUUGGAGGCUUCCCUGUGUUGUUCAAACGUUUGUCGUUUCAUGCGGCCUCCUGCGUUCGCUCGCACUGAGCAAAGGCUUCAGCAUCGCUACAGAGCCUGCUGCUUGGUAGGUUGCUAACCGACACCUAGACACAAUUUUAGUACACACAAGGCUUAACAAUAAACGUAAACUAAAGUCCCGGUUCUAGACAACGUUUUGCUCUCCCGUUUUUU